CGGUAUUUCAACCAAUCAGCGUCGCGCGUGUCGCACCGAAACCGACUGCGAUGAGCGCCGAGCCCGCCGACGCCGAUGAUCUCGCCGACGCCGAUGAUCUUGCCGACGACGCCCUCGACGACCAAAGGGCCCAGGCCAUGGCCUCGAGCCGUCAUGGCGAUAACUCCGAUCGGUCGCCCACCCCGCCAAGCGCUCGUCGCGUGUCCUUUGCCCGCAUCCGACCGCUCACAGCGCACGAGCUCGCGACAACGUCGUCCCACAUCCUUCCGCUCAAAGCGACAGACAUGCGCGGCCUCACAGCCGAUCUCGAUCGCAAGCCCAACGAGGCCAUCCAGGUGUUUGUUCGUGUCCGACCGUCGUCGUCGGCGCCGUCGCCGACGUUCAUCGGCAUUCAAACGGUAAGCGACACAACGCUGCGGAUCCCGUCGACGGCCCACGGUCCAAUGGAAUGCUCGUUCGAUCGCAUUUUUCCGCCGGAUGCCACGCAGGCCGACAUCUACGGGGCCGUGCAACAUCUCGUCGCCGACGUUGUGCGCGGCUUCAACGCGACCAUCUUUGCCUAUGGGCAAACUGGCACCGGCAAGACACACACCAUCUUGGGCAUGGACGAGUCCGCCCCGUCGCUCUCGGGACGCAGCGGGACGCCCGUCGACGCGACGCGCCUCGAGCUCGAUCCAUCAUGGGGUAUCAUUCCGCGCGCACUCUUUGAGCUCGUCCAGCAAUUUGGCACCAAUGGUGUCAUGACGUGCGCGUACUUGCAGAUCUACAACGACAAGAUCUACGAUUUGCUUGCGGACCGCAAGCGGCAACGCCCGCUCGUGUUGCGCGAAGCCGACGACGUGUCCAUCCAAGGCCUCUCGCUACUCCCGAUCGCCACCAUGGAGGACGUCUACGCCUUCUUGCGCAAAGGGAAGCUCCAUCGCGUGGUCCGUGAAACCGAGAUGAACGCCGCGAGCAGUCGCAGCCAUGCGAUUCUCCAAGUGCACUUGCGGUCGCGGAAUGGCCUUCGGCAAGGCAAACUCAACCUCGUGGACUUGGCGGGAUCCGAGAAAUGGAACAAGCUCAUCGUCAAGCCCGGUGUCGAGAUUGAAGAAAUGAAGAGCAUCAACAGCAGUCUCUCGGCGCUUGGCAACUGCAUCGCGGCCUUGACGCAAGCCGGCCGCAAGCACAUUCCGUACCGCGACUCGACGUUAACGCGGCUCCUCAAGGACUCGCUGGGCGGCAACACGCGAACCGUUCUGAUUGCGACGAUCAACGGCCGAGCGUCGGACGAGACUGUCCGAACGAUCCAGUUUGCGGACCGGACGCGGGCCGUCAUGCAGUGCGUCGUGCUCAAUCCCACGCCGACAGUGUCGCCACGCCAGCUCCAACUCGGACUGGCGGCGGCGCGGGCCCACAUUGCAAAGCUUCGGCUCAAGGUCCUCGAGCUCUCGAGCGUCAAAGACAAGCAAAACGACGAGGUGCAGUCGAAGCUCGCGCACUUUGAAGCGAGCAUCCAAGCCAAAGAACGCGCGAUCGGGACGCUCUUGGCGCAAAACGAAGCUUAUGAAGCCAAGGUGCGCGAAUCGGAGCGCCAGAUACAACAACUCCAGGACAAGAUUCAAGCGCUCACAACGCCCGAGAAGGUCGCGACCAAGUCAUACGAGGUCGACUGGGAUCGGCUCGAGCGCGGGCGCAGUCUCUCGAGCUUGGCACCAAUCCCGAAUGCCCCUGCCCCGGAAAAGAGCAGUAUCCUAUUCAAAUCAUUAUACCCGAAGCCCAGCGACAAGCCGCCGGUCAAACUCCAGCCCGUCGCACCGUCGCCAUCCUUCUCGAGCACCGUCAACGCGCCAGCGCCAACAUCAAACACACCGACCGCGUGCACGGAUCACCAGCUGCAAGGCUGCGUCCUCUGUGCGCUGCGAAGCAAAGUACCCGCUUCCAAUCAAUUGAGCGCGAUGACAGAGACGUCAAAAGGCCGGCCAGUUGCAGCAACCGCUUCGUCUCUCCCGUGGAAACCCCCCGAGGCUUCUGCACUCGUAUCCUCUACGUCGUCGUCGUCGGUGUUGUCGCCGUCCGGUGUGUGCGCGGCGCACCAACUCAGUCGUUGCAUAUUGUGCCAGAGCGCGCGCCCCAAGCUUGUUUUGCCCGCAACGAAUGCCUCAACGGCGGUGACGGCGACGACGUGUGCGCCACAUCGACUCACCAACUGCGUGCUCUGUUCGCAUACCGCCCAGCCUCGUUUUGCUGCGUCUUCCAGCAGCGCCCCCGUUGUAGCUCGAAGUACUCAGUCGUUCUCCGUCGCCCCACACCAUUCGAGCAGUGUAGCCCGAUAGCAAUGAUAUCGUUCGCGGUGGACAUUGCUUGCAAGCUAGAAAUGUCGUCGCUUCUGUCCACCCCAGGAACUCAGUACUGGGUGCGUCGAGAGACAUUUGCUCCCUUGGAUCCGCUGCCUCGUGGUGAGGACCGCCC